UAUUAUGGCAUUGUUGGAAUCGGAACCCCACCGCAAUAUUUCAAGUUACAGUUUGAUACUGGGUCACCAGUCAUCUGGGUCUGCAACGUGCACUGGGUGAAAGGACUCUCGAUGAUUCAAAAUAUGUACAACCCAUCGGAAUCGAGAACGCACGCUAUCAAGAAUAAUUGGUAUUCCAAUAGAUACGGUAACUAUAUCGUUUCCGGUUAUGUCGCUUCGGAUGUCACAAAAGUUCACAGCGGCUCGUUUCGCACAAAUUUUGCCGUCGUGGAUAGUCAUGACGGUCAUUCGGAGCAGCUCAAAGUUACGGACGGGCUGUUUGGACUUGCUGCAGGACACGUUACUCCGGAGUUUCAGUCAACAGCGUUGGAUGAUAUGUGCUCACAAGGGUUGAUUACGCGACGCAUGUUUUCUUUCGUCUUCAAACGAAAUCAGACAUUGUUUCAGUGUGUUUCUUUCACGGAGUUGAUGGGACUGUUAUAUUUGGAGAAUAUUCAAGGAAUCAAAUUCCUGGGAGAGUUCACCACGUUCCCUUGGUCCCUACUUCACCACCUGUCAAAAACUGGAUCGUCCGGGUCGAAAGAUGGCACUGUCUUGAUCGAGAACUUCUCAGCGCUCCUGGACACCGGCUCCGCUAGGUCAUAUCUUCCUCCACCAUUCGUUAACCGUCUUUUCAGCGGUAAUUGGGCCAUAACGAACGAGGGGGGAGACAUAUCAUGUGAUGCCAUGCAGGAAAUGCCCAAGCUGAUAGUGAACUUCCAUAGGCUUCACUUGUCUUGGCAUGCAAAUCAAUACAUAAUA